AUGGGAAGGAUCAUCAUGUGUGUUAUAAACGACCCUCAUAAACCAUGGGUUAAUUGGGUAACUGUGCUCAAAGGUGGAACAAGGAAUUUCAUUGUAAAGUUGCUGAUGAAGGUUGACACGAACAACAUUCUCAAACUCUGUCAUUAUGGAUUAAACUCUAGGAUAGUCAGGGUACUUACUGGAAGUGGCAAAGUUGUGACCCUUGGUUUUGACUUGGCUACUUUAUUAGUAUUGGAGGAUCAGUCAUGUGGUUGGGUUGCAAGGAUUUUGACAAUAAAAAUAUUCUUGCCAGAUUUUCAGGUUGAUAUUCUGUGGAUGGAAUGUUUUCAAAUAUUGACUUUAAGUUCUGGAAAUUUGCAAGGAACUAAGAGCAAGUUGUGGAAUGCUAUUCUUUAUCUCUCUUGUACUCUUGUUGUAAAGAUGAGGUUGAAGGAAGGGAUGAUUAACUUUCCCAAAUUUGGUCAUUGUGUACUUCCACUCGUGAUGGUUGGGGUUGUCACUGGUGGCUGCAGAGACAUUAACCUUGUUUUUCACUUAUCAAGGGCAGUUGAGAACAAAUUUGGAGUGGAUAUUUUUGCCCUUGAAGGAGAAUUCCACAGUGAUGUUCUUUAUACUAACAAGGGAAUUAGCAAUAAUUGGGAAGCUAAUUUGGCGUUGCUGUUAUUGAUUGUUGAUAUAAGCCUUGAGGACAAGACUGGAUUUAUGGAGAUGGGAUUAUUUGAGUUUGCAUCUGUUAAUGGCUUGGGUCGAAAGUUUUUCAGAAUUCUGGGAACAUUAAGGUUGUUCAUGAAUAUUUGGAUGAGUCUGAUGGAGUGCAAUAUUAAAGGGUGGUGGACAGCAUUUCUGAAGUUUACAGUAUUGCUAUUUGUGCCACCUGAUUUUGCGUAUACUAGUGAUGUUUGGUCGCACAAUGCGCGACCCUGA